AGGUUUGUCCACGCCUCGUUCGAUAUUCCAAACAAAUAUGGCAGCUAGAAUGUCAACAGCGUGUAAGCUUUGCUACGAUAAAUAUUCGCUAAAACAGCCGGAAAAAGCUCCAAGAAAGUUACAAUGUAAUCAUAUAUUUUGCACAGAAUGCAUUGAGAAAUUAAAGCAACUGCAAGGUUUGGCUAUUGAAUGUCCAUCAUGUUUGACAAUUACGACCAUACCCUCGCAAGGUGUGGAUUAUCUGCCAAAAGAUUAUAAUGUUCUUGGAAUAAUUGAAGGCUCGAAAACUUAUGAACAGUGUAAACACUGUAAAAAGUUGACGUAUCCACCAAAAUCUGCAACGCUGCAUUGCAGUGAUUGCCGAGAUGUUUACUGUGGUUCUUGUAGCGACAAAAUGCAUUUGAAAGUGGAAAAUCAAGAUCACGUUAUUCGUUUGGCAAAUUCGUUCGAUGACAUGAAGUUAAUAAGAAGUACUUCAAGAAAAGAAAGCAGCUCCAUGAAAAGUGGGUCCCCUUUUGACGAGAAGCGACAGUUGAGAAGACAGCUUUCAAUGAACUCGGUGUGUGAACAACACGGACAGGAAUUGAUGUUGUUUUGUCAGGUAGAACAAGUUCGAUGUUGCAGUCGAUGUAAAUCAACUAUGACACAUAAAUUCCACGACUGUAACUUUAUUCAAACGAAUGAGGAAAUCGAAAGAGCUCACAUACUUGAUAUGCAACAAGAGUUGGAUGAGUAUAUUGAAAAUUAUAGUAAAAUCAGACAGGAUGUUCAGAAGAUAAUGGAAGCUUUGAAGAAGAAUACAGUUACGAGUAACGAAAAUAUAAGAAGAUGUUUUCGAGAACUUCGAGCUGUUGUCGAUGAUGCUGAAAAAGAAUUGAUGAAAGAAGUUACAACAAUUCAUGAUUUUAAGUUGGACAGACUUCGUAAACAGUGCAGUCACAUGAUUGAAGUAGCCAAUGCUGGUAUGAUUAUUAGUGAAAAGUGUGGAGAAGCAUGCGAAUUGGAGUAUUUUGAAAUGUUUGCUCACAAAAAGAAGUUGGAAGGUGAAAUCUUGCAGGUGUGCAAAAUCAUGGAGAAGUGCUGUCCUGUGGAAAAUUCAGAUAUGUUUGUACAGUUUCCCAAUCACGAAAGCAUGUUAACAUCGAUCAAAUUAUGCGCGUACCUGGUAAGAGUUCCACCACCGCCAUCCAAUUUUAAAUGCACCCUCAACGAAGAUAGUGAUGUUUUAUUAUCGUGGGAUUUACCGAAGAAUUUAAAAUACACUUACUUGCCAACUUUAUAUGCUGUGUACGCCAGUGUGGGAGAAAACGACACAUUUUUGCAAAUACAGAAAGUAAGCCAAAAGAAUUAUGUAGUACCCUCGUCUCAUUCUUCACUUGUGGAUAAAAACCUAGUGCAGUUUCAGGUAGCAGCUAUCAACAUUAUCGGCGAAAGUCAACCUUGCUUUCCGUUGUGUAUUCGAUUGGUGAAAACGAGAGAACUGGAGGAUUAAAUUUUCGCAAGACGCAUAGCAGACCGAAAAAUGGAAAAUUUAAGUCAGAGAAUUUUGUUAUAUAAAAUUGAAUAGGGCUUAGACGAUAUUGUUGUUUUAAUAGGCAAUUUAAUUCAAGGAAGUCAGGCGAUUUGAAAAUGACUAACCUGCCUAAGUCUUGUGAUAUUUUUAUAAGACUUUCAGUUUGUUUUAUUUUAAAUUAUUUUUUCUUAUGCAAUGAUUAAAUUUUCUUGUUUCCUAUGGACAAAUUAGGAAUUUCCAAAUCCAUCGCAAAGCAAGACGUCGUCGUGCGUUCAAGCGGCAAAAUGUUCAAUGGAAACAGAAAUGCACACUCAAAUUUAAAAUGGCGGCGAUUCAAGCAAAUUCAUUGGUCGAAAUGCAUAAACCUAAGUCAAUUCAAAUUUAUUUCGAUUUGACCAACCAGCGGGCGCAAAAGCGCUCCUAAAUAUUGAUCAUUUUGUUGCGUGCGCCCUGAAUCGACGUGCUAAAAGAUUGAAUUGGACUUUAGGCUUAAUGUAUUGAAUCAGCUCAUUUGAUAAUAAAAAUGCGCAAUGUAUAAUAGGUAAUUGGCAUGUUACAUCAAUACUCCAGCACCUGAAAUCAAAAUUGUGACUGAUUUGAGAAAAUGCUGCCUAUUUUCUUUGUUCAAAUCUAGAAAAAGUCGAGAGAACCCUGGGAAGUAUAUUUUGGGAAAAAUUUAUUAAUUUGUGAAGGGACAGGGGUAGGGCGGUGCUUAAUUGAUGUAUUAUGUAAUGUAAUCAAUGAAAAUGCAUUUGUUUUUAAAUGAAGGUGAAAUUAUAGAACUUCUAGCCAAGUUCUAGACAAAACUUUAAGUAUAAAGCAUCUUAAGGAGGUUCAUUUUAAUUUGACGGAAGAACAUAUCUAAUGAGUAUGCAAAUAACUUCUAUAUAUCUCACACUAAUAUUCCGUGAGAUUAAGAGGGUCAGAUACAAGGGGCGAGGUCAUCGUUCUAGUUUAUUUUUAAAUCUUAUUUUUACUAAUACACGUGAUCAGAACUUUUUUAAUUUUACAUAUUUUAAAUUAUUUAUUUUUUAAACUCAUUUUACCAUUUUUUACCAAGUGUGUUUUUAGUAUUUAUAUUUUUAGAAAUAAACAUAUUUUUGUAUUUCACAGUAUCGUUGCUUGUCUAUUUCAAACAAAUUAUUUACCGUG